AUGGGCCAGAAUCAAUCCGGCAUGGGCGGAGGUAUGGGUGGGGGAAAGGAUGGGCGAGAUGACAAGGACAAGAAGAAGGACAAACCCAAGUAUGAACCGCCCCCGAGGCCGACCGCGCGCAUCGGUCGCAAGAAGAAGAGGGCCGGCGGCACCAGCGCUGCCGCGAAGAUGCCACCCGUCUACCCGACGAGCCGAUGCAAGCUCCGACUGCUGCGCAUGCAACGUAUCCACGAUCACCUGCUGCUCGAGGAGGAGUACGUCGAGAACCAGGAGCGCCUUCGAAAAGCGAAAGCCGUCAAGGACAACUCCGCGCCCACUUCAGAGCUGGAAUCCACAGACCGGGUCGCCGACGAGCGCAGCCGUGUUGACGACAUGCGGGGUAGCCCGAUGGGGGUCGGCACGCUCGAGGAGAUGAUCGACGACGACCACGCCAUCGUUUCUAGCACCACUGGACCGGAGUACUAUGUCAGCAUCAUGAGUUUUGUUGACAAGGACCUGCUGGAGCCCGGUGCCAGUGUACUCUUGCACCACAAAACCGUCAGCAUCGUCGGCGUCCUCACAGACGACACAGACCCGCUUGUGAGCGUCAUGAAGCUGGACAAGGCGCCCACGGAGUCGUACGCGGAUAUUGGUGGUUUGGAGCAACAGAUUCAGGAGGUGCGGGAGUCCGUCGAACUACCUUUGUUGCACCCCGAGCUGUACGAGGAGAUGGGCAUCAAGCCGCCCAAGGGUGUCAUCCUCUACGGUGCGCCCGGUACCGGAAAGACUCUUCUAGCCAAGGCCGUGGCCAACCAGACCUCUGCUACGUUCUUGCGCAUUGUCGGAAGCGAGUUGAUCCAGAAGUACCUCGGCGAUGGUCCCCGGUUGGUCCGCCAGUUGUUCCAGGUUGCCGCUGAGAACGCCCCGUCAAUCGUCUUCAUUGACGAGAUCGACGCCAUUGGCACGAAACGUUACGACUCUACAUCGGGUGGCGAGCGCGAAGUGCAGCGGACUAUGCUGGAGCUGCUUAACCAGCUCGACGGCUUCGACGACCGCGGUGACGUGAAGGUUAUCAUGGCCACCAACAAGAUCGAGACGCUCGAUCCCGCCCUCAUCCGGCCGGGCCGUAUUGACCGCAAGAUCUUGUUCGAGAACCCCGACCAAAACACCAAGCGCAAGAUCUUCACACUGCACACGAGCAAAAUGUCUCUUAACGAGGACGUCGACCUGGAGGAGUUUAUCGCCCAGAAGGACGACCUAUCCGGCGCCGACAUCAAGGCCAUCUGCUCCGAAGCCGGUCUCAUGGCUCUCCGGGAGCGCCGCAUGCGCGUGCAGAUGGCCGACUUCCGCUCCGCCCGUGAGCGGGUAUUGCGUACGAAGCAGGAGGGUGAGCCGGAGGGCUUGUAUCUGUAA